UGUUAAUACUGACUAAUGGAUUUUGUAACAAUAUCCUUUUACAUGGGGAUAUGUUGAGAGGAAGUGUUCCUUCCUAUGAUUGCUGAGGUAAUACCAUUGUUAGUUUUGAUGAAACUACGAGGCAUAUGGGUAAAAGUGCAGGAAACAGCCCAAAAAGAAAGGAUUCCUCUCAGGAGAAUAGUCCAGAAAAGUUGAUUGUUCCCCGGCGGGCAAGUGACCUCCUCAGGGAUGAUGAGGAAGAGGAACCACCACCUUUGUGGGCUUGGUAUUCACAGCCCAACCAGGUUGGCCUUAAAGGAUCCCUCACUGCUCCCCUCACAGCACCAAAUACACCUACAACCUAUCCUCUUGACUCAUCUUUUCAUGAGGCCAUCAGGCAGCGACUUUUUAACACUGGUGCGAUGCCUCAGCCAACUGUUUAUCAGCAACUUCGACCAGGAGUUAGUGUCAUUCAGGGCGUUCCUAUUGGUGCUACAGUAACUCCUACUGGAUAUGCUACUUAUAACCAUGCUGCGCCAACGGCUAUUGUGACCACGGUUGUUCCCCUAGGUUCUCAGUCCACACACAUGAUAUGUCCUCAUUGUCAUGCAGAGAUAGAUACAGCUACUAAAACGUCUCCUUCAAUGGUUGCAUGGUUGUCUGGUUUCAUCAUCUGUAUUUUAGGGUGCUGGAUGGGUUGCUGUCUUAUUCCUUGCUGCAUUAACGAGUGUAUGAAUGUUGAACAUAAUUGCCCCAAUUGCAAUUCCUUCUUAGGAAAAUAUAAGCGAGGAUAAUUGAAAGUAUCCACCUAUUUCUGUUGUUCUUUACAUCAUUAUAGUAGCCUCAUGUUGUGUGUUAGGUUAAAAAUCAAUGUAAUAUUCUUUAAUAAGGCUAAAGUUAACUGUAACUUUUUAUAUGGAAAAAUUUUUGUUUUUACCACCAAAAUAUGGUACCCUAUGGAAUUGGUCUGGUUCAUAAUUAGUAGCUUUCAGGAACUUGCCCUGAAUGUGUCAAGAGCAGUAGUAAGUUGUUAGUCAGAUUUUGUUUUUGUGAUUACUAAAUGCUGCUAUCAAAUACCAAAUUCUUACAAUUGGUUGAAUUUUUAAUAGAAAAAAAUUUGUUGUACAGAAAAGUGAGUUAAUGUGUAAGAAUAGGAAACUAAUUUUUGAUGUUUUCAUAUUUCCUAUUUCCUCUUGCAUUUAAAUUGUAUUGUAUUUUGAUGUCAAGUAAAGGUGUAUUGAACAAAUCAAAUUAUUCAUUAUAUUGAAUAUUACAUAGGAUUCUCUUUAUCUAAAUUCUAAGCAGGAUUUGUUGGAGCAAAUGGAAUUCAAUCUUAGUACAUCUUUUUCAUUACUAAGUUUCAACAAAAGGCCAGUUUGGUCUUCAUAUGAUUUAAUUUAUCAGUUUUACCGAGGUAUUCGGUUUUAUGUAGGACUAUUAUUGUAAUCAACUUUACUAAAUUUCAUAUACAGAAUCUCAAACUAAUUAAAAUCUCCUUUUAUGAUCUUGGCUAACUGUAACCUAAAAAUAUGUCAUGUGUUAUAUGUGUAGACAUAACAUUUAUUACAGCAUUUUACCAUUCAUGUAUCAUAUGCAUAGAUGAAUUUUUAUUGUUAAACCUCUGGUUGUAGGGUAAAUGGAACUAAAAACCAUCAGAAUACUAUUUAGUACAAAAUACCCAUGACUUAUGAAAUUUAAAUAUUACCUUUGAAACUGGAGAAAUUUCAUACUUAUUCAAUCCGAUUUCUUCUCACACACAAAAAAGAAAAACUAGAGCAAGGUUAAAGGAAAAGCAUGAAUUUGGUUUGAGGUAUGUGUUUUAACCAGUGAUAAUUUUAUGCAAAGUUACCCUUCACUGGGAACAAUAUUUUAAAAAUUUUUGAUAGCUGAUGAAAACUGGUAAUACUGUAAAUUAAAUUCUAAGUACCUAUCCAUGUUUAUAAAGUGCCUUUUUAAGUAGUAAGGUAGCAUGUAGGUUGUGUCCAGAUUUAUUAUUUUGAGAGAAGGUAUGCCAGAAAGAAAUAAGGUACAGUGGGGCCUCCCUUAGUCGCGGAUCAGCAAUCAUGGGUUUUUCCUUGGACCACGUCUCAGUCUAUAUCGCAGCAUCGCGGGCUUGUCCGUGGUAGGCUAAGCCUCGUCCAGAUCCGAAAACCAUCAAAUGCAUGAACAGAUUCACAUUAUGAUAUUAACCGACUGUAAAGGUGUAAUAAAACCAUUCUCACCUUAUAUAUUAUUGGCAUAUCUUCAUAAUAUAAAGCCUAUUCAUGGAAUAAUUCCACAUCAUUAACAUCAACUUGUAGUUGAGAUGCCAGCAGAAAUUUAAACAUUGAGUUACAUUGCUUCACAGCGACCUUUGCCAUUCAUUAACCUUUUAGAAAUGUUAAUAGUAGUAGUGUAAUUACAGUAGUAAUAACAUUUAGGAAAACAAUAAUUUACAAUUCGAACUUCAUUAUUGUUUUGGUAGGACGUAAUCAACUUCUCUGAACACUGCAGUCAUACAAACGAUAAUGUCCGGUUUCCAGCUGGUGCUGAGUAUUUAUCCUAAUGUUAAGACUGAAGGUUUGUAAGUUAUGAAAAAUACACAUUGGUUAAAAAUGUGUCAUGUUGUUGUUUGCGAUUGGCGACGAAGCUUAAACGUAAUAAAACCAUUUUUACCUUAUAUAUUAUUGUUAUAUCUUCAUAAUAAGCCUCUUCAAGGAAUAUUUCUUAGGGAAAGCAUUUUUCAAAAGUCAAAAAUACACUUUACAAGUUUACAGUAUGCAUUGAUUACUUUAUUUUGAUGUGAUCACAUUAUUAUUACAGUAUGGUACUGUAAGCAGUAUAGUAACUAUUUUUUAUCAUAAAUGUAUAAUCAUUCACGAAAAAAAUACAUAUGAUCACCGUGACGUCACCAAACCUACAGUCUCGUUCGUGCAUACUAUUUUUUACACAAUGUGAUAAUGGUUACACCGUUCUACAAACUACCGAUCCAUUUUACAUAAGUAUCCUCUAAACUCCCUCCUCAUAAAUCACUUUACUUACUUUUUUUGUGGAGCCCAAAUACUAUAUCCCGGAAAAUUAACAAAAUCGCGAAUUUUAUCAGAGCAAAAUUUACUAAUUACUGUGUUUUCAUCUUCUUUUCACUAAAUACAUUUUUAGGGUAAAAUCAUUUACAAAUAUUCAAAUACUAUGAAUGUAAAUAGCAAAAUCUCUCUCUUUCUUUUCACUUAUAGAAAAAAAUUAUAAUACUGAUCUAUUAUUAUCAUAAUAAAAGAACAAGAUGGUCCCCGACAUCUGUAGGUACACGUGUUGCCAUAAUUUUAUUCUUUCUCCGAUAUACUAAACUGUGCUUCAGUACAACUUUUAUAGUUGACUAAAUGAUUAUCACAUAACAGUAUACAAGAGAAUAUCUUAUCACUAUCGAUGUUUCACUUAUCACCAUAAAAAUAUUUAAAAUACAAAUUUCAUUAUGUUAUUCUCGAGCUAAGCUAGCCAACAGUUACUCUCGUCCUAAUUGAUUGAUUGAUUGAAAGUUUUCUGGCAUCCUGACGCCGACUCUCGUCCUAAGCUGCUCUCUCAAGCAAGUCAACAGUUACUCUCGUCCUAAGCUCUCUCUCUCUCUCUCUCUCUCUCUCUCUCUCUCUCUCUCUCUCUCUCUCUCUCUCUCUCUCUCUCUCUCUCUCUA